AUGCAGAUCCGUACAGCCCUCGUCACUGUCGCCUUUGGUGUCUCAACCUCGGCACUAGUCCACCCCGCGGCCCCGCCCCUACCACCAGUCGUGACGCCUGCGCCGCUUGUGGCUCGCGGGGACCAGGCAGCGAGCUUAAGGUGUUCAAACGCGAUCGAACCGUUCACCGAGGCGAAUAUGCCAAGGCCCACCCGGAGUCUUGCUUCUUGGCUUGUUGAACACGAGGACCGUCAGGGCAUCGACGACAUCGCAAGCGCUUUCGUGAGCGGCAGCAAGAUCGACAACGGCGAGAUCGACAGAGUCUGCCCCUUGGUGGUGGCCACGCUCACCCCGCCGGCUUCUUUGGCAAGCGCCUACAGCACGUACACCAGCCAAAUGUCGAGCUGGCAAGCGAGCGUCGCGCCCAUCGCCAGCAGCGCCAUGGCCCAGUGCACUGGGGAGGGCCAACUCGGCCUGCUGGGGGCGUACGUGGGAUUCAUCAUGGCGACCGAUGUUCCCCAGUGCACAAAUGCCUUGCACGGCCACAACGCUGCGCUAUCCUCUGCCAACACGGCUAAGCCGGGAUAUGUGGCUGCCGUGGUCAGUGCUGCCAGCCUGGUUGCCGCUAUUGUCAUCUUCUAA